UCUCCCCUCUUUCCCUCUCUCUCUUCUCUUCAAACUAAAACAAAACAAUAUAUAUAUAUUACGAAUCAAUAAUUUUGAAAAAAGUAAAUGGAAACAGAGCGGCGAGAAGGAAGCCAAGAGGCAGAGCGUACGGCGGCGGAUACGGCGGUGCAAUCGAAGUUUCGUCGUAUCUGCGUGUUCUGCGGCAGUAGCUCCGGCAAGAAUCCCAGCUAUCAAAUUGCCGCCAUUCAACUCGGAAAUCAACUGGUCGAAAGGAACAUUGACCUUGUUUACGGCGGAGGAAGCAUUGGGCUUAUGGGCUUAGUUUCUCAAGCCGUUUACGAUGGCGGACGUCACGUGUUAGGAGUGAUACCGAAAUCUCUCAUGCCAAAAGAGAUUACUGGAGAGACAAUUGGAGAAGUAAGAGCCGUAUCAGGAAUGCAUCAACGCAAAGCAGAAAUGGCUCGUCAAGCUGAUGCAUUUAUUGCAUUGCCUGGAGGCUACGGAACAUUGGAAGAACUAUUGGAAGUCAUCACUUGGGCUCAAUUGGGCAUCCACGAAAAACCGGUGGGGUUGCUCAACGUGGAUGGCUACUACAAUUCACUAUUAUCAUUCAUAGACAAAGCAGUUGACGAAGGUUUCGUCUCACCAGCUGCCCGUAGCAUCAUAGUUUCCGCCCCAACUGCCCAUGCCCUCAUCACCAAGCUAGAGGAGUAUGUCCCAAAGCAUUCCAGCGUGGCAUCGAAGCUGAGCUGGGAAAUGGAACAGCAGCUUGGAUUUACCGUAAAGUCAGACAUUGCUCGUUGACGUAAUCAGACGGCCACGUGUAUAGAUUAAUCACCGUAGAUUGAAUCGGAUCAGAGGAUUGCUUUUGUAAUAUUUGUAAUUUUUCUCUCUCUCUUCGAUUGUUUCAAUAGGAAGCUGACUAGGUCAACACUCAAUUGUGUAAGCGAUUAUAAUAUAGUAGCAUUUUUCCACGUCGGUGAUAAUAUGAAUUAACAACUAUAAAUAUAUAUAAAUAUAUAUAUUUACAAUA